AUGGGAGAUCGAAGUAACGGUGACGUUCUGAUGCUGGAGGCUCCACCGUCUUACGGUAGCAGGUCAAGCAAUUCCGACGCCGAAAUCAUCGACGCACUGCCUUACAUUGACGACGACUACAGCGACCCUAGGGUCAAAUUCGAAGUCGACCGUCUCGUCGAAGAAGAGAUGCGCCGGAGCUCCAAGAAACCCGCUGAUUUCCUCAAAGAUUUCCCACCUCUUCCCACUUUCAAUUUUCAGGAGUAUCCAAUGAUUGGUAGAGAGUAUGAGCGUGUGAGAGCCGGUAGGCCUCCAAUUUCACUUGAUAGGUCCAGAUAUGAGUUGGAACUGCCACCGAUCAAUAAAAGGAACGAUGAAACUGCUUGGAAACUAGCUCUUCAAAGAGCUCAGCGACUACUUCAAUAUCAGACAAUGAGGAUGGAAAAUUUGGAUUUGUUGUUGAAAUAUGGUCCUGAUGCCUGGAACAGCACAACCUGCGAUUGGAAGUAUACUUGUCAAGAAUGCAGAAAUUAG